AUGUCCAAAACGCAGAAAGAUAUGUUUACACGGGAAGAGGCCUUGGAAUUUCUUCAGAAUUCAUGGAAGAUUAAAAACGUGCUCAAAAGAAUGAAAACUGAUCGAAAAAACCUUGCAGAUGAAAUAGUCACUCAGAUCCUAGCGAAGGUUCCUUUUCAGAGCAUCUCGUUGGUAGCAGCUAGACCAGAAGAUCGCAACCGACCUUCUUUUGAAGAUAUUAAAGCAAGAUGCACAACAGGUGCAAACAUUUGUAAUUUCUCAUUCGAGAUUUCACACCGGUAACACAAUCUGCUUGACCUUACAUUUUCUGCUUUUCGAAUAGCGAUUAGCAGAACUUCACUCACAGGCGGCCCAAUCUCGCAAGGGUCAGUAUAGACUUAUAGUAUAAAUGAAUAUUAUAGUAAUGCCUGUAUUAUAGUAAAAAUAUGUCAUAAAAUAUAAAUUUUAAAAUAAAAUUGACUUGCCUAUUUGAUAGUGUGUGUUCUCCUUUUAUUCCUCCUUUGUUGGACUAAUAUUUUCCAAGACUUUGUACUCGAUGUUACUAGUAUACAUGAAACAUGAUAAAGGCUAACCAUUCCCGAUCGUCGAUACGACGGCACGGCACUUCGAAUCGAAAAUUUUCACACUCAAAUCGCUUUAUUCUCCAAAAUAAUUCGCCAGCAUGUACAACAAAUGCCGUUCUUCGAAAAUACGGAGGUACUUCGGCGAGAUGUACAAGUUUUGGACCAUAUUUUAACAAUGGAAAUCAAAACACAUUUUCUAUUGAACUUGCCCAGGCCGAAAAUUACUACGGCGAACGUCUGCGCAACCAGGCCUUCUUUACCGUUGGAUUUACAGGGGGGGAAGCAGAUAUUUCCGGUAACAGCCAGCCAAUCGCGGCCGCGAUAGCGACUGUUUACAUUAUUUGAAAUUUGAUAUUCAAAAUAAAAACUCCUUCGAUCGGAUACUGUAUAAAACUCGAGAUGUUGUCGAAGAAAAGAAAACUAAACGACGGAGAUUGAAGAAAUUUAAGGAAGAAGUAAUAUACAGCGGCUCUUUGUUGGAAAGCAUGGUAGAAUAUGAUACUUUAAUUCGAAAUAUUAUCGUGAAUAUAUUAGUGGCAUCCUCCCCCCUGUAAAUCCAACGGUAAAGAAGGCCUGGUUGCGCAGACGUUCGCCGUAGUAAUUUUCGGCCUGGGCAAGUUCAAUAUAAAAUGGGUUUUGAUUUCCAUUGUUAAAAUAUGGUCGAAAACUUGUACAUCUCGCCGAAGUACCUCCGUAUUUUCGAAGAACGGCAUUUGUUGUACAUGCUGGCGAAUUUUUUUGGAGAAUAAAGCGAUUUGAGUGUGAAAAUUUUCGAUUCGAAGUGCCGUGCCGUCGUAUCGACGAUCGGGAAUGGUUAGCCUUUAUCAUGUUUCAUGUAUACUAGUAACAUCGAGUACAAAGUCUCGGAAAAUAUUAGUCCAACAAAUGAGGAAUAAAAGGAGAACACACACUAUCAAAUAGGCAAGUCAAUUUUAUUUUAAAAUCUAUAUUUUAUGACAUAUUUUUACUAUAAUAUACAUUAAUAUAAUAUACAUUUAUACUAUAUUAAGUCUAUACUGACCCUUGCGAGAUUGGGCCGCCUGUGCUUCACUUUUAGCGCAUGUCGAUUGCGGGCUCACUAGAAAAUACUCAGAAUGCAGCUUUAGUUAAAUAUCAUAUGGUUAAAUAUGUAAACAUGUCGAGGUUGUUAUACAGAACAAGCAAAUUUACUGUACUAUGCUACAACAAUUGUCCAGUCACGCAUAUGUGAUAAAAGCUUUAUAAACAAAAAAUAAUGCAAAAUGUAACAGAACGGCGAACAUGCAGAUUCGACCGUGACGUUAAAUAAUGGUAAUUUUGGGAUACUGGCGUUGCAGACUGCAAAGCCAAGGAGAGUCGGCAGUAAGGCUCCUUCGUGCACCACCCCAUGGAAAACCUGCACCCCUCCUUGCAGAUGAGGCUAGAUCCCCGCUCCUGGUGCACUCGACAUUAAAUAACUCAUUCAUCAAUCCACUUGUUCUUGCGAAUAAAAAUGUUGUUAUCGUUCUUUUUCUAGGAAUUGGUGGGCUGUGUUACGAGAUGAACACAUUCACAUGGGGUGUGUUAAAAGGUGUAGGGUUCGAUGCAUGCCUGGCUCGCUCUACAGUAACUUCGACAGUUACAUCCCCGGAGAAUCACGCAAUCGUACUGAUAAGAGGCCUUGAGCAAGAUGGCGAUCUUUACUUGGCAGAUUGUGGCACAGGCUUCCCAAUAUUUCGCACAGUUUCGUUAGAUUUCACCGAAGAGUCCCCAAUUUUCAAAGAUGGCUUUUUGGAGUACAAAUAUGUCCGGCAUGAGGGGAAAAUACUAAGAAUGCACGGCAAAGGGGAUAUGGUGAAGCCAAAUAGCCCACCAGUGGAAGGCCUUGAUUUAUUUAUCGGUCGCUGGAGGCGGUUUUAUUCAUUCGUGCCAGAAAUAAAGCCCUCAGAUAUCCUCAGCAAUGAGCACUUCAAAGCGAGCAUCUAUCUUACGCCCUUCACGUCAUCGCCCCGCGCGCUUUGGUUUCCAGGGAAACGUGCUGUUGUCAUCGCGAACAACAAGCUGAUGAUCGAGAAAGAAACUGGAGAAAUGGUGACGACCGUCUUGAAAUCUGAUGAAGAAAUUCUGAAAGCUUAUCAAGAUCAUUUUCCACAACUGAAACAGGAUAUAGUACAGCGUGCUUUGGCAGAAUGGCAUCGUGUGUCCAAGACUUAAAAACUCAUUGUAUCAUUAUAUU